UAUUUUUUUGAAAAAAAUUGCGUUUGAUUAAUUUGUUAAAUCUACAUAUUUAUGAAUGAAUGAAAAAUGAGUCGAACAUUUGAAGAAGAAUUAGAAUUUCUGGUAAGAAAUGAUUCCAAUAGUUGGACUAUUAAAAAAGGAUUUGUUCCUGGUAUGAGAGUGGAAGGUGUUUUCUAUGUCAAUGAUCAUCUGGAAAAACUUAUGUUUGAAGAAUUACGAACAUCAUGUAGUGUUGGUGGUUUUGGUGGAUUUUUACCUGGUGUUAAACAAAUUGCCAAUGUUGCUUCAUUACCCGGUAUUAUUGGUAAAUCGAUUGGUUUGCCUGACAUACAUUCGGGUUAUGGUUUUGCUAUCGGUAAUAUGGCUGCAUUCGAUAUGAAUGAUCCUGAAGCUAUUGUAUCACCUGGUGGUGUUGGUUUCGAUAUUAAUUGUGGUGUUCGAUUAUUACGUACGAAUUUAUUUGAAAAAGAUGUACAACCUGUUAAAGAAGAAUUAGCACAAUCAUUAUUCGAUCAUAUACCGGUUGGUGUUGGUUCAAAAGGUAUUAUACCAAUGAAUGCAAAAGAUUUGGAAGAAGCAUUAGAAAUGGGUGUUGAUUGGUCAUUACGUGAAGGUUAUGCAUGGGCUGAAGAUAAAGAACAUUGUGAAGAAUAUGGCCGUAUGUUGAAUGCUGAUCCAAGUAAAGUAUCGAUGAAAGCAAAAAAACGUGGUUUACCACAACUUGGUACAUUAGGUGCCGGUAAUCAUUAUGCUGAAAUUCAAGUUGUUGAUGAAAUUUUUGAUAAAUAUAAUGCCGGUAAAAUGGGUAUCGAAUCAAUCGGGCAGAUUUGUAUAAUGAUUCAUAGUGGUAGUCGUGGUUUUGGUCAUCAAGUUGCAACCGAUGCAUUAUUGGAAAUGGAAAAAGCAAUGAAACGUGAUAAAAUUCAGGUGAAUGAUAGACAAUUAGCUUGUGCCCGAAUAAAUUCUAUCGAAGGACAAAAUUAUCUAAAAGCAAUGGCUGCCGCUGCUAAUUUUGCUUGGGUUAAUCGUAGUAGUAUGACAUUUCUAACACGACAAGCAUUUGCAAAAACAUUUCAUUCAACACCGGAUGAUUUAGAUAUGCAUCUUAUAUAUGAUGUAUCACAUAAUAUUGCUAAAGUUGAACAACAUUUAAUCGAUGAUAAACCAAAAACAUUACUUGUUCAUCGUAAAGGUUCAACAAGAGCAUUUCCACCACAUCAUCCAUUGAUUCCGGUUGAUUAUCAGAUCACUGGACAACCUGUAUUAAUUGGUGGUACAAUGGGAACAUGUAGCUAUGUAUUAACCGGUACGGAAACUGGUAUGCAUGAAACAUUCGGUACAACAUGUCAUGGUGCUGGUCGUGCAUUAUCACGUGCAAAAUCACGUCGUAAUCUUGAUUAUCAAGUUGUAUUAGAUGAUUUAGCUGCAAAAGGUAUAUCGAUACGUGUUGCAUCACCAAAAUUGGUAAUGGAAGAAGCACCUGAAUCAUAUAAAAAUGUAACCGAUGUUGUUGAUACUUGUCAUGCGGCUGGUAUUAGUAAAAAAUGUAUCAAAUUACGACCAAUUGCUGUUAUAAAAGGAUAAAUUUUUUUUUCUUCUAAUUAAUUAUUUUUGUUUAUUAUUAAUUUCAAUUUUUAUUUAUAAUCAUCAUCAUCAUUAUAAUUCUGGAGAAAAACAAAUAAAAAUUGAAUACAAAUA